AAUCCAUUAAUUCAUUUGAUUCAUUUGAUAUUUACUUAAAUCACUCUCUCUCUCUCUCUCUCUCUCUCUCUCUCUCCAAUCUUCCAUGGCCAUGAUCACCGUCCACAAAACCCUAAUUCUACUACUGCUCUUCCUGACCCAACUCACCUUCUCUUCCAUAGGAUCUUAUGCCGCCGUCGCCACCGUAACGCCCACCAUGCAGAAAAUCGAAUUCCUCCCAGCUGAGUCAGCUCAGUACCGAGUCAUGGAAAAUAACACCAGCGACAGCAGCCGAAGAAGACUAGCACCAUUCCAGCUAUGCUUGUUGUGCAGGUGCUGUGCUGCGAAUUCAGCACCGACCAACUGCGCUACGAUGCCUUGCUGCUUCGGCAUCGAUUGUCAGCUUCCUGAUAAGCCGUUUGGGACGUGUGCUUUCGUUCCAAAGUCAUGCAACUGCACCUCUUGUGCCAUGUGAGCUUCUUUCCAUUCCUCCCAACUCAGUUUCCAUUGAUAUGGGUACUUCAGUACUGAAAUAUCAAAUUACAAAAGUUUCAAUCUCAUUAGAAGUAUACACAAAAGAUAGAAGGAGAAAGAAAAAAGAAAAAAGAGAAAUGCUCCAAUGCUCUCAGAAAACUGUAAGUUACAAUGCUACUAGUUGCAUUGGGACACUUAGAAAGUACAAUCCAUUGAUCUAGACCGUUCAUCAGGUCCAACGCAGAUUUCAUGGUCUACCAUUUUAAUACCAUACUAAUCUGAUAAACAUAAACCAUUUGAUCAGUAACCUUAAAUAUGGACGGUCAAGAUCAUUUACUCAAAAAUAGGUUUAAGCAACAAUUUGAUCUAGGGACCGUCAUAGAUUGCUUAUGAUUCUACAGAACCACCUUUGUUAGGCAAUCCUAACCAUCCAUCUAUGGUUUGAGAAAAGUAUGGCUAUAGAAAAUAAGGCUAAAUCAAGGAUGGAUUGGACCAUCAGAUCAGUGUGAUUUUUUUUGCAUGUAGUCCAUGAAAUGUGUUCUAAACAUAAAAUGGACGGUUUAGAUCGAUUGAUUAAACUUUCCAAGUGAACCGAUAUGCAGGUAGGAGCGCUAUAACUUAUAGCAAUCUGAGAGUACUGGAGCAUUUCUAAUCUUAUUACAGUGCAUUUUUACAAUAAUUAAUCACAUAUCUUUAAAGUAAGUGGAGUUUGGGAAUGGGGUUGAAGUGUCCUUUUUUUCUUUUUCUUAUUUUAUUUUAUUUUUGGGAAUAUUGUGACAUUGGAUUCUUGGAUGUGUGUGCCUCAUACCAUAUGCUUGAGCUAGAAAUUAUUGUUCUUACUA